AAUCUUUUGCUUUUGAAUAGGAGAACAACUUAGAUGAUCAGCUGAUGAACCUGGCUCUGCUGAGCUCUCCAGAAGACAUGAUAGAGGCAGCCUGCUAUUAUGAGGAAAAGGAGCAGAUGGACAGAGCUGUCAUGUUAUACCACAAGGCAGGACACUUCUCCAAAGCACUGGAGCUGGCCUUUGCCACACAGCAGUUUGGGGCCCUACAGCAAAUUGCUGAAGACCUGGAUGAGAACUCAGACCCAGCUCUGCUGGCCCGCUGUUCUGAUUUCUUCACUGAACACGCUCAGUACGAGAAGGCAGUGGAGUUACUGCUGGCAGCCAAAAAGUACCAUGAAGCUCUGCAACUUUGCCUGAAGCAGAACCUGACCAUCACAGAGGAGAUGGCUGAGAAGAUGACGGUCUCUGAGGACUCCAAGGACCUCCCUGAGGCAUCCCGGAGAGAGCUGUUGGAGCAAAUUGCUGACUGCUGCAUGAGACAAGGCAAUUACCACAUGGCAACCAAGAAAUACACCCAAGCAGGAAACAAGUUAAAGGCUAUGAAGGCACUGCUGAGAUCUGGAGAUACUGAGAAAAUUGUCUUCUUUGCGGGAGUUUCCAGACAGAGAGAGAUUUAUAUCAUGGCAGCCAACUACCUACAGUCACUGGACUGGCGGAAGAACCCAGACAUUAUGAAGAACAUCAUCAGCUUCUAUACAAAAGGAAGGGCCCUUGACCUCCUGGCUGGUUUCUAUGAUGCAUGUGCUCAGGUAGAAAUUGAUGAGUAUCAGAACUACGAGCAAGCACACGGAGCACUGGUAGAAGCAUACAAGUGCCUGGCCAAGGCAGAGACUAGAAGCCCCCAGGGGCAGGAGAGCAAACUGGCACAGCUGCAGAGCAAGCUGACCCUCAUCAAGCGCUUCAUCCAUGCCCGGAGAAUUUACUCUGAAGACCCCAAAGAAGCAGUCAGACAAUGUGAACUUCUCUUAGCUGAACCAGACUUUGACACCGCCAUCCGUCACGGGGACGUCCUGGGCUUUCUGGUUGAACAUUACGUCCAAGCGGCAGAGUUCCCUACGGCUUAUCAGUAUCUGGAGGAGCUGCAGAGAAGAAUUCCACCCCAGAGCCUGAGCUACUUCGUGACGCAGCAGACGGUGGAGGCCGCUCAGCGCGGCGCGGGCGUUCCCGUCGGCCGGACGCUCCACGGCAGCGUGGAGACCAAGGAGGUGGAAGAAGAAGUGGUUGAUGAAGUAGAGGACCCUUGA